GACUUUGUCAAGUCUUUCCAGGAUUUUAUGUUCAGAAGAAGCAAGACCUUAUAGUUGCGGAGUUCUUAUCCAAAUGUUCUAAGGCAGGCAUCUCUGCACCACAGCCCUCCAAUGUUAACAGCUCAUAAAGCCAUUUUGGUUUGUACUAUCUCCGUUCCAAGUUAAGCCAUGUUCAGUUACAAAACGAAGCUUUGUUUUGGCGUCUCAGUUUGACCAUCUUAUCUGGAUUACUUCGGACGCGGGAGAGCGGAUGCUGUUUCUCUGAUUCAGAGUUUUCGUCGCAUCGUUGGACACCGGCAGUUCCUGUUUACAAGUCACUUCGCAAGCUGAGUCUUCAGCAGCACUGAACUAAUGGCAGAGGCGGUGCUACUUGCCAUCUCAAAGAUUGGUAUGGUUUUAAGCGAUGAAGUCAUCAAUUUCGUCAUAGAUAGUCUAUCUCAAAAAAUAACUAACCUGAGGGAACUGCCAGAAAAUGUUAAGCACAUUGGGACAGAAUUGAGUAUGAUGAACAAUGUAAUACAAGAUCUGGAUACCAAAAAUCUCAGUAUCAAUGUGGUCAAGGGAUGGAUUGCAGAGCUGCGAAAGCUGGCCUUCCACGUUGAGGAUGUAAUGGACAAAUACUCGUAUCACGCUUUUCAGCUGCAGGAAGAAGGAUCACUGAAGAGGUUCUUCAAAGGAGCACAUAAUGCCAAAAUUUUCAGCGAUAUUGCUGAAGAGGUAGUCCUCAUAAAGGGUGAGAUUGAGCAAUUAAAAAAACUGCAAAAGGACUAUUUCCCUGCUGUUCAGCUUGUUCCAAGUCCUGAUGUAAUUGAACGACGAGGAUCUCAAGGCUGCCUGCCAGAACUUGUUCAAGAUGAAGACCUCGUGGGGAUUAUGGUCAAUCGGACAAAGCUGAUCGGAUGGCUUGACUCAAAUGAGCCGAACAGCACAGUGAUAACGGUGUCAGGUAUGGGUGGAUUGGGAAAAACCACCUUGGUAUUGAAUGUUUAUGAGUACGAGAAGAUCAAAUUCCCUAUUAAUGCAUGGAUCACAGUGUCACAGACCUACACAAUAGAUGGCUUGCUGAGGGAACUACUCAGGAAGAUUGGGUGCACAGAGAAGCCCUCGACUAGCAUAGACAAAAUGGACGUCCACGAGUUGAGACAAGAAAUAAGAUCGAAUCUCCAAGGUGGCAGAAAAUGCUUGUUUGUGUUGGAUGAUGUUUGGAAUAAGGAGGUGUAUCUCCAAAUGGAAGAUAUUUUCAAGAAUCUGCAAGCAAGCCGUAUUAUCAUCACAACGCGGAAAGAUGACGUCGCAUCUCUUGCAUCCUCAAACUGCCACCUGCAGCUCCAGCCUUUGGGAAGCCCUGAUGCAUUCAACCUCUUCUGUAGAAGGGCCUUCAAUAACACAACAGACCGGAUGUGUCCAACAGAGCUCAAGAAUGUGGCAGCUUCCAUAGUCGAAAGGUGCAAGGGCCUGCCGUUAGCAAUUGUUUCUAUGGGCAGCCUCAUGUCCUCGAAGAAACCAACAGAACAUGCCUGGAAUCAAAUGUACAGGCAGUUCCGGAGCGAGCUAGCUAAACCAGACAAUGUCCAGGCAAUUUUGAAGCUUAGCUACAAUGACUUACCAGGAAACCUCAGAAACUGUUUCCUAUACUGCAGCCUGUUUCCUGAAGAUUACAUCAUGUCAAGGGAGAGCCUUGUCAGACAGUGGGUUGCUGAAGGCUUUGCGGUGACCAACGAAAACAACACACCGGAGGAUGUGGCUGAACUAAAUCUCGUGGAGCUCAUUAACAGGAACAUGCUGCAAGUUGUGGACAAUGAUGAGCUUGGCAGGGUGAACACAUGUAAGAUGCACGACAUUGUGCAUGACCUGGCUCUUUCUAUUGCUAAAGACGAGAAGUUUGGCUCUGCAAAUGAUAAAGGUGCAAUGAUACAGAUGGACAAGGACGUCCGUCGUCUGUCGUCAUGUGGAUGGAAAGACAGUGAUGCAUCAAGAGUGAGCUUCCCGCGCCUUCGCACCCUAAUGUCACUUGAUGCCGUGACUUCCACUCCUCACAUGUUAGCCUCAAUUUUGUCUGGAUCCAGCUACCUUACUGUUCUGGAGCUGCAAGAUUCUGUAAUCACCGAAGUGCCAGCAUCUAUAGCAAACCUUUUUAAUCUACGUUACAUUGGCUUGCGGCGCAGCAGGGUCAAGUCACUCCCCGAGUGUAUUGAGAAGUUGUCCAACCUACAGACCCUAGACAUCAAGCAAACCAAAAUAGAGAAGCUGCCACGAGGCAUAGUAAAGGUUAGGAAGCUGCGGCAUCUGUUAGCUGACAGAGUCGUUGACGAGAAGCAUCAAGAUUUCCAGUACUUCGUCGGGGUACAGCCACCCAAGGACCUCUCUAACUUGGUUGAACUUCAGACUCUCGAGACUGUGGAAGCCACAGAUGACUUGGCAGACCAACUGAACAAACUGAGGAAACUACAAAGCGUGUGGAUUGGCAACGUUAGUGCAAAGCAUUCAGAAAAGCUUUUUGUUACCCUGUCCAAGAUGCCACUUCUGUCCAGCUUGCUUCUCAAUGCAAGUGAUGAGAACCAGCCACUCCAUUUGGAAGCUCUCAAUCCACACUCCAAAGAGCUCCACAGGUUGAUCGUCAGAGGCCGUUGGGCUGCCGAGACGCUGCACUGCCCAAUAUUUCACGGCCACGGGAAAAAUCUCAAGUAUCUAGCUCUAAGCUGGUCUGGUCUUCACGAAGACCCACUCCAACUGCUUGCACCACACGUGCCAAACCUCACCUAUCUGAGCCUAAACAAGGCCAGCACUGCAGACACCUUGGAUAUAUCUGAAGGGUGCUUCCCACAACUGAAGACGCUCGUACUGAAGAACCUUUCCAAUGUCAACCUGCUGAUGAUUGGAAAGGGUUCUCUUAAAAAUAUCGAAGGUUUAUAUAUUGUGGCGCUGCCCAGGCUGGAUAAGGUCCCUAAAGACAUCGAAUCGCUCUGCUCUCUAAAGAAGCUGUGGCUGUUGUAUCUUCACAAGGGCUUCAAAGCUCAGUGGGACAAGGAUGGAAUGCACCAGAAGAUGGCGUAUGUUUUGGAGCUUCGCAUGGAGUAACCACUUACUCUGCAACAAUAUUCCUACGUCUGUGCUGGUUCUGCUCAGAACUACCUCAUGCAUCAAGUCCUUCAAAUAAGUCCCUUUUGUUGGUUCUGCCAGUAGCUAUCUAUUUCCCAAUGUUUUCACGCUUGUCAUUCCUUUUCAACAUAUUUCUUAUCCAUCAGGAAAGUACUUAUUGGCUGUACGUGUAUGCCAUGUUACUUCGGUUUCUUCGCGGUUUGAUUUCCCAUACAUGAACCAAGCUCUUGUGUAAUUCGACUGCAUUUGAAGACAUCAUUUUAUAUAUAUUCAUCUCGAUGCACUA